AUGCUCGGCGAACAAAUAUUCAGGUGGAUGGUUGUGGUGGCUGCAGGCUCCAUCGCUGUCCAGGGAUUGAACAUUACUUAUGAAGAAUAUGCGAAGUUCCCAAAGCUGUUUCACCUUGACGAAUAUCACGAAUGUUUGAAACAAGCAGACGGGCUCUACUGUGUUGGCACCUUCCACGUCAAACCUACGCAGGAACCAGAUCACAUCUAUGAACUCAUGAAGGAAUACUCUCGUGACGACCACAACUUCAACCGGACACUUAUUCACCGCGGUGUCUGCGUGAGUUCCCGCUGCCCUUCACUAUCGCACAUACAUAAUGUGUCAGAGCGCUUCGACCGCUGCGUGGCACAGGAUUCCAACCAACGAUCGCUCCAAACGAAACUAACUGAGCUGAUAUAUUGCCGUUCACAUGCAGAAGAUGACGCUUUCAACAAUAAUGCAAUAGAAACGCCUCACAGGGUUUUUGUUUACGCAGUACUAGGUCUUGUAGCGUUGAAUGUGAUCGGUACUAUAUAUGAUAAAGUGAAAGGAGAUGCCGCAAACAAAUCCAAGAUAUUAAUGUCGUGGUCCAUUUUAUCUAAUUGGAAGGAACUUGUCGGUCCCUAUCCUGAUGGAGAUCCACGCUUAGCAGCAGUACUCCCAUUUGCAGGUUUUAGGGUGCUCAUGGUGAUACUGGUGAUAUUAACUCAUGCUAUUGUUAUUCAAGAUACUAUUUACAUGGCCAACCCGCUGCAUGGGGAAGACGCUUCACGUCGGUUAGAAAAUCUGAUGUUGAAAAAUGGCACCUCAUUGAUGCAAAUAUUGUUCAUGCUCUCCAGUUUCUUCAUGGCACACUCACUUCUUAACUAUAAUGAAAUUACCAUUGGACUAGUACUAAAACAAAUAGGGAAACGUAUGUUCAGGAUAAUGCCUGUUUACAUUCUGGUGAUUGGAUUCGCUGCAACCUGGUGGCCGCUGAUGAGUGACGGUCCUCUCUGGCACUAUCUUGUUGGCAUGGAGUCACAAAUAUGCCGCCACAAGUUCUGGAAUCACGCAUUUUUCAUCAGAAAUUUCUUUACAGCUGAACCAUUCUGUUUAGUACAAACUUGGUUUCUGGCAGCAGACAUGCAGCUAUAUCUCUUGGGAUGUUUGGUCAUUCUGUGUCUACAACGAGUGAGGAGACUGGCUCUCCUACUUCUGGGCAUUGGCUUUGUAUUGUUCAGUACUUUAAACGCCAUCUUAGCUUAUAUCUAUCAAUGGAGACCCUUAAUAUUUGCGUCUGGGCCUGAGAACUUGCGGACCAUGUUCCAAAACGAGCCAUCAUUUUAUAAAUUCUAUUUGAGUCCUGUAACCAGUUUGUCUGCCCUGAUGGCUGGGCUCUUCCUCGCAUAUCUAUACUACCAGGUCAAUAACACAGGAGCCAGGCCUAAUGAUAAUAAGAAACACACGCGGCCAACAUUCCAACAAAAGGUACGCCAGACUUGA